UGGGCGUAAGGUGAACGUAAUGCGGCCGGACGGAAGUAUGACUGAACACUAAAACCAGCGCGGCAGAUGAAACACACAUCAGUUUAUUUACGUCGUUGAUGUGGCGGCAACACGACAAAAACAUGGAGUCGAGUGCGGACCGCGGACUCGAUGUGGAAUGUGUUGUUAAUCGGUGGAUGGUGGAUUAUUAUAUAUCUGUGGCGUUUGAGGCGUUCAGGAAUGAACAGGACAGUGAUUUCUGUGAGAUCAGAGACAUCCUUCAAUGUCAUCUGGUUCGGCCGUUGGAAGCCUACGACGCCACACCCAAGAAGAUUCGAGCAAUACAGUUCCUCACCAGGAUAUAUGACGGUGACAAACUCGACUUCUCGUUUGACUCUCAGGAGGACCUCACGCCACUGGAGUCGGCUCUGAGCGUAUUGGACAGCAUCCGCGACGAGUUGCCGGUUCCCCAGAAAGACUUGGAGAGAGUACAGAAGUCUGUCAGAGAGAUGCUGGUGAUCGUGUGCAUUAAGAACCAGGCCUUUGACAAAGCCAAGGAGGUUUUGAUGAAAUACUUCCCCAAAAGCAAGGUUGGAAAGAAAGCGAUCUUCCUGGGGCUGGUCAACAAGAGGAGCAGUGAUCAUUCAGUCCUGCAGCAGGUCACCUACCAGCAGUUUAAACAGGAGAUGCUGCAGUUCUGUCAGAGCCUGUUUCCCUUCUCUCAUCCUUUCCUGUCCAGGGCUGCCAGACAGCUGGUGGUGAAGAGACGGGAGGCAGGGCAGGAUGCAGAGGAAGGAGACUGUCCCUCAGACCCUCAGCCAGAGGACCAGCUUCUACCAGCAACAGAGGAGAAGACAUCCAGACACAAACCCAGGCAGGGCUCAGACGCUGUGUUGGAGCAGGACGUCCCCAGGUCCCAGAGAGAGUCCGACAGUCCAAUGGAGGCUUCCCCUGCUGACCUGGCACCCCCUGCUGGCCUGGCACCCCCUGCUGGCCUGGCACCCCCUGCUGGCCUGGCACCAGGCCCCCAGUGGAAGAGCCGAGGCUGGCCUCAUACCAUAGCCAGGCUGGUUAUGGAGCCAGACAGCCAGGAUUCUACGGCCUCUCGAGAAUCAGUAUCCAACGGGGAGGAGUCAGUCAGCCGGGCGGACCCACUAAGCCCCGCCUCCACCUACAGCCCACCAACACGGAAGUAUCGAAAACGACGAGCCGGCAAGACAACCGAAGAGACCUCGUCUGACCCUGAGGAGGAUGUGUGUAUUCUAGAUGACACCCCUGAGCAGAGAGGCUCCGCCCCCACCCCCAGAGAGGCUCCGCCCCCACCCCCCAGAGAAGCUCUACCCCCACCCCCCAGAGAGGCUCCACCCACACACCCCAGAGAGGCCCCACCCACCAGAGAAGCCCCACCCCUCAGACAAGCCACACCCACCAGAGAAGCCCCACCCCUCAGAAGGCCCCCACCAGUAAAAAGGGACCUGAUCUGAAGUGGAAGCAGCUAUUCAGUGUUGCUAAGGAAUCCAAGGAUAGGUGGAGUGAUGAAGAGGAUUUAUUUGACUCCCCUCACAAAGACAGUUCUGAGGACAACGCCAGUACUACUGGAGGAGGCAGGAAGAGGGUGAGUUUAGGUUCUGGAGACAGAACUACUGGAGGAGGCAGGAAGAGGGUGAGUUUAGGUUCUGAGGACAACGCCAGUACUACUGGAGGAGGCAGGAAGAGGGUGAGUUUAGGUUCUGAGGACAACGCCAGUACUACUGGAGGAGGCAGGAAGAGGGUGAGUUUAGGUUCUGAGGACAACGCCAGUACUACUGGAGGAGGCAGGAAGAGGGUGAGUUUAGGUUCUGAGGACAACGCCAGUACUACUGGAGGAGGCAGGAAGAGGAUGUGGACAGCAGAGGAGACGGAGUGGGUGAAGGAGGGAGUGAGGCGCUACGGAGAGGGGAACUGGUCCAGAGUAAAGUCCUCUUUCCCCUUCUUGGGCCGAACCUCCGUGAACAUCAAGGACCGGUGGAGGACCAUGAAGAAACUCAAGUUGGUCUGAGGGGACCAAAGCGUCUAACUUGUCCAAUAAGAAAUUAUAUUUUUAAGUUUACAUUUACUACGGGGUGCAGUAACGAAUUCGAACGCUGGAGGGCCUCGGAGCUACGCAAGACAAUGAUGACGUUCUCCUGAUGUGAGACGUUUCCUUUCCACAAAGGAUACAUGUUUGCCCGUCGCACAUCUGUCAACAGGAAGCUGGUCGGAGGGCCUUUGGACUAAGAUAGAUGUUGAUUCUGCCAUUUUGUUUUAGACAUGUUUAUAGAAGUAUUUUAUCACUUGUCUUUCUUGGUAAAAUAAAGACUUCUCUUCUACUGA